CUGUUCCCUUAGCAAGAAAGAGAAUCAUCCACUAGCUAGAAAGAGAAAAGGAGAGAGAGAGAUGAGGAACCAGAGGCUAGUUCCUAGUACCACUUCGUCCUCUUCAAAGAACAACACCAAACAAGAACAGCCACACCUCUCGGGGGCUUACAUUAGGAGCCUUGUGAAGCAACUUAGCUCCUCAUCUACAGUGAGAUCCAAAGACCACCACAACACCAUGGGCAGCAAACCACAUAGCCAACCAAAUCAGGAAGAAGGGCAACAAGCCGCCCAAGCAACAACACCACCUCAACAGCAGCAGCCACACAAGAAGCAGGUGAGGAGGAGGCUCCACACAAGCAGGCCAUACCAGGAGAGGCUACUCAACAUGGCAGAGGCAAGGAGGGAGAUCGUCUCAGCUCUCAAGGUCCACAGGGCAUCCAUGAGGCAAGCCAAAGAGCAGCAACAGCUGCUGCAGUUGCAACAGCAGCAGGAGGCUCUCGUAGUGCAGGAGCAAGGCCACACGAGCAGGGUUGCUGCUUGUCCACCCAUGAGCUAUGCUUCCUUCUCAGAUUACCUGUACAACUCUCCGUUUGCACAUUUCACAGCCACUAGCAGCAGUAGCUACUAUUCCUCUCCGCUCCCUUACCAAACACCCAUGGUUGAUAGCUUUGAUCACUUGCUCCCCCUCCCGACGCAACCGCUAGGGCUCAACCUCAGCUUCCAGGGCUUCGACGCUGUGGCUCCUGCUGGCGAGGACGAUGCCAAGAACAGCACCGCCUCCUUCGAUCCUGACCCGUUGCUCCAUCACCACCCAUCGCCUGCUUCCUCCUACUCGGUCUACUCCUCUCCCUCGGUGACCAUGGCGAGCCAUGACAUGUCCUCCUCGGCCGCCGCUGUAGAGAACGCCUCGCUGCUGGCGGCCGACGCGUCCCUGCACCGGGUGCUGGACGAGCAGGAGAUGGCGGCGAUCUACUCCAUCGGGCAGCAGCACGACGUGGAGUGGAGCGACACCGUGAACCUUGUCACGUCCGCGUGGUGGAGCAAGCUCCUCGAGAGCAUCGAAGGCGGCGGCGAAGGGACGUCCAAGACUGUGAACGCCGGCGUGGAGGACACGUCUUCCACGGCGACGCUGGACUGGCUUGGUGGCGAUACCCUUGGCCACCAGGGAGCCCAGGGAAGCAACGGCGGCUCUGACGUCCUGGGGACGAUGCAUCUCAGCGAGUACUACGGCGAAGACAUCUCCUUGCCACGCAUGGACAUUGGAGAGAUCCAAGGAUGGGAUGCGGAGUGGUUCUCAUAACAUAUCGUCCAUUUCGAGCGAGGAUUUUCCCUUUUUCUGACAUGCAUUCCACUCUUUCUCGAAUAAUGGAAAUGUUGCGUCAUACUAAGAUUGCGAUGAUUUUUAUUGCACCCUUAAAAAAAAUCUUGUU